ACGAAUGCGAAAAAAGAAGAGGGAAAUGAAGAAAGGAUAGUAUUAGCACCGGCGAUCGAGUAAUGAAGAGCAAAACUCAAUAUAAAAUGUCCAACAAAUAGAAAUAAAAAAUAAAUAAAUUUGAGAGGAAAAAAAAAGAAAAAAAAAAAGGAAGAGAGAGAGAGAAGCAAAGGCGAAGCUUGGAAGAUUGAAAUCCAGUGAGUGAGGUUCGAGAUUUGUGAGCAAUUCGUGAACUUUGCGAAGGUCAGAGUUCAAUCAAUGCAUAACUACUUUGUUUUCCCCCAAAACACUUAGUCUUCCUUCUUCUUCUUCUUCUUCAUUGUGCUUCCUUCCAUUGCAAUUUGAAUUUUUCGUUUGUUCGGUUUCGGUUCCUUCCUUUUUCCUGUUUUGUGGUACCUCAGUUUUGAUCUCUUCCCCUAUACUUCGAAUACGAAGUUCGAAGGCACAAAAUUUGGCGAAACAAUGAGGGUUUAAAUUGGUGCAGUGAUGUAAUGUUCGUUUCGCACUGUUCGACACGAUAAUGGUGUUUCGGACCCGGGUUUGGCAAACUUAGGGUUUUGAUAUGCCAUUCAAUUCAAUGAAUUUCAGUUUGGUUUGCGGAUUUUCGUGCUUGGAGUUGGGGAGUUUUGUUGCUGUUUGAUCUCUAGGGUUUUGGUGCGAGGAGGAUGGGAUUUCGCUUUGCAUUGUGCGUUCUAUUUUGUUGCUGAAUUUGGGUUUUUUUUUGGGGGGGGUUUAAGGGUAACCCUGUUUUUGUGCAGAAUUGUAAGUUUCACUAUGGGUUACUCUGUCAUUAGUAUCACUCAUGCAUCUUAUUUGUACGAUUUGUAAUUAGCUAAUUUGGAAAUUGGAAUAAGCUGUUAUGGGGGAGGGGAAGUUUAGUGUUAUUUGGAAGCAGCAAUUUGGGUCAAAUUGAGGUUUCUGGUGGGUGGAUUGUUUUUUUCAUUUGUUGGGCGUUGUAUGAAUCUGUCUGGUGAGAAAUGCAACCCCAGCAGAGCUCAAGAAUUGAUUUGGGUGAAUUGAGAGCACAGAUUGUAAAGAAGCUUGGAGCGGAUAAGUCGAAGCGUUACUUUUAUUACUUGAACAGGUUUUUGAGUCAGAAGUUGAGCAAGACUGAGUUUGAUAAGUUAUGUUUUCGAGUUCUUGGGAGGGAGAAUCUUCCAUUGCACAACCAUUUUAUAAAGUCAAUUUUGAAGAAUGCCUGUCAAGCCAAGACCCCACCACCAAUCCAUCCGCCAGAUCCCCUGAAGUCUGGAGAACAUGCUUCAGACAUGUCUCCUGGCAGGGAAGAUGGGCAUGAACACAGUGUUGCCAGCUUCCAAAAUCAAAGUCAGAAAGCACCCGUUUGGUCAAAUGGGUUUUUGCCGGCAUCCCCUAAGGUUAGGUCUGGAGUACGUGAACGGAAGCUGAGAGAUAGGCCAAGCCCUCUUGGACCAAAUGGGAAGGUUGAUUCUGUUUCUCACCAAAUCAUGGGUACAGAAGACUGUGGUAGUAAGGUUGACAUGGAGAAUGGAAUUCGUUCUCCAUGUGAUUACCAGAGACCAAUACAGCAUCUUCAAGCUGUUGCUGAGCUACCUGAGAAUGAAAGGGGAGAUGUUGUUCAGAAACCUGCAGAAAAACCAAGAAUACACGGGAAAGGGCCGGCUGAAAUGUCAAUUGUUGAAGACGGGGAAGAAGUGGAUCAGUUAAGUCGCCUGGGUUUCUCUAGAAGUCCCUUGAUAGCACCACUUGGGAUUCCUUACUGCUCAGCAAGUGUAGGGGGAGCCCGCAAAACAUUGCCAGUGAGUAGUGCUGGUGAUUUUGAUAGCUGUUGUGACAGUGGUAGGUUGUCUGAUACAGAUACACUGCGGAGGCGCAUGGAGCAGAUUGCUGCAGUACAAGGUCUUGGAGCUGUUUCUAUGGAAUGUGCAAAUAUGUUGAAUAGUAUGUUGGAUGUGUACUUGAAACGGUUGAUCAGGUCCUGUGUUGAAUUAGUUGGAACUAGGUCUACAAAUGAGCUGAGGAAGCCCCUUGCCCCCAAACAGCAGAUGCAGGGUAAGGUCAUCAACGACAUGUGGCCAAAUAAUCAUUUACAUGUGCAGUGUGCUGGUGGGUCAGCAGAAGCUGUGCCUGAACACAGACCACCAUGCUCAGUUUCUUUGCAUGAUUUUAAAGUUGCCAUGGAACUAAAUCCACGGCAACUUGGAGAAGAUUGCCCUCUGCUAUUGGAGAAAAUAUCCAUGCAAUCGUUUGAGGAAUAACUCAUUUAUGAAUAUUUGUUUUCUAGUUCUGGUAGCUCUGCAAUGAUUGGUGAUCAGUGCGCCAGUUAGAACCAGAUGGUGACAAAUAGAUACUUCUUGCCCUUUCAGGAUGAAGUAUUGGUUUUGAGAUUCAAAGUGUCUUAUCUCUGGAUUCUCUGCUAUUUAUAGGGCUUCAAUAGGUCAGAGAUUUAUUUAACUGCAACCAAGGGUAUUAUCAAAUCAAACCCAGGAUUGGUUGCACUGUUGUAUGUUUUUAGCAUUGAUGUUGGCUGUAUUUGCCAUUGCUAGAGAUCUCAAGGUGUUUGUUUGCAUUACAGCUGAUGAGAAAGAAAACUAAGAAAGUUUUGCAGGGAUACUGUUAUGUAGCUGGGAUCAAGGAACUAUGACUUGUAUAGGAGCUGCAGGGUCGCUCCGUAUGUAUUUUUAAAAUCCGAGGAUUGAUUGAAAUUCAAUAUCAAUAACACAUUAACAUCUAUUGAAAAUUUCCUGGUCAUUUUAGUUU